GUUCGGACGAAAGGAGGACAAAGGCUGAAGGGGUGCGAACGUGGAUGCCAUCAUCACCAGUGACGUGGUCUCACUAAGCGCGCGGUCUUUUGUCGUGGAUUGCUUGUGACUCUGAGCGGUGCAACUGAAAAGCCCUCGCAGAUGCACGAGGGGACACCGCAUUUUGUACAUGUACUUACGGGGGCUGGCUGAAGAUGCGGUGUGGUUGCUGUCUCUUAUGUACGGCACUGACAGGCCUUCUGUAUCAGUCCAUUUGGGACGAGCUUCCCUCCUUCCCAUGAGUUCCCCGUCCCAGUCAGCUUGGUAAUCGCUUCCUCUCCUUGAGCAUUUGCCGGCUCUGACAAGGCAUGGACCAGAUUUCAAUUCGUGUGAACAACCUGUGGAGAUUAGGGCCCAUAUCAUUCUAUUGACUUCCAUGAUAUUCUCUUGUCACAUGAUUGAUGGUGAUUAUGUAGUCACAACGGC